AUGGCUGAGGGAUUAAAAGAAACGAUUACUCAGAGUCUGGAGUGUCCUGUUUGUCUGACUACCUUCACUGAUCCAAAGAUCCUGUCUUGUUCCCACACCUACUGCAAGGUCUGUCUGGAAAAGCUCUUGGAAUCCCAUGGUGAUGAUCAGAUGAUCCGUUGCCCUGUCUGCAGAGAUUAUACCCAGGUCCCAAACCAAGAUGUCAGCAAACUACCGGCAAGCCUAGCUUUCAGGAAUCUUAUAGAGGACGUGAAAAAUCAACAUCAAAUUUGCACGAAUUGUGAUUCCGAGGAUAAGCCAAAAGCUGUUGUCUACUGCCAAGACUGUGGCAACUAUCUAUGUAUUACUUGCCACAAUAUGCACUCUCAGUGGAAAAGCUUUGUCGAUCAUGAGAUCAUAGCCAUGAGUGAGAUCUCAUCAGGAAAGGUGUCAAUACGUAGAUACCGGAAAUGCAGGAAACACCUGAAAGAAGAUGAAGAAUGUUUCUGUUCUAAUUGUAAGAGAUUCACAUGCUUCAGGUGCGCUGUUAUGGAACAUAAAGAUCAAGGGCACCAGGUCAUCGAGUCAGCUGCUUAUGAAAGUAAUCACACGAAGACCAUCGAAGAGCUUAAAUCCAAGGUGGAGAAGAAACAAUCUUGCUUUCAGAAUUACAUCGAUAUUAUCGAUGAACAGAAGAAGUGUGUGGAUAAUGCUACAAAGCAUUGUACAGAUGACAUCAACAAAGCGUAUGAUGAAGCAGUUCGGCAGUUGACAGAGAAGAGAGAAAUCCUACUUGGUGAAGUCAAGGGAAAGACUGAAAGAGUAGAGGAAGCCCUGGAAGAAAUGAAGAAAUCAGCUCAGCAGCGCAUCAAUCAGUUGACGACCAUCGCUGAGAUGGUAACCAAUAGGAGAAAUGCACCAGUAGACAUGGACACUUUGGCUGUAUAUGACACUUUAUGUGAGGACCUACAAGAGGCCUUAAAGCAGGAAAAUCCUGAUAACGAGCAGCCGAAUAAAACAUGUAGGAAGGCGAAAAGUUCCAGUUUUGAGAGAAAUAUCGGAAAGGACGAGCUAGGUCUUGGAAAAAUUGUUAACGAGCAUGUAAAGAGCAUUGCUUUGCCUACUAAAGAUAGCAUGAAUGCCAUUGUAAACACACCAGAUGGUAGGAUGGCUGUAGGAUGUUAUGAUGGUGGCGUGAAUAUCUUCUCUGCUGAUGGUCAUCUCCAGCAGACAGUUCUCAAGAAUGUUAUGAUUCGUGCAUUAGGUUUCCUCUCUGAUGGUCGAUGUGUUGUAAUUGAUAUGUCAAACACGGUAGCACUGUACACACCAGAGUUCACGAAGUUGGAUGUGAUGUUUGAGACUCUGAAUGAUGAAGAAGGUGGUUAUGUAAAUAUCACUGUUGAUAGUGAUGAUCUGAUCUAUGUUAGCUACAGGAAACCCAAGAAGAUCCAGGUGUUCUCAUCAGCAGGUGGGAAGGCAACCAAGGAGAUACCAUGCCACGGAUAUGAACCUGAGCAAAUCACUUCUUACAAUGAUUCACUAAUCAUUAGUACAUAUAAUACUGUACGAUUGAUAGACAAAGAAGGUGUUGUCAAACAUACAUUAACCACACCAAGUAAAACUAACCAAUUUGCUGCAGUGUCUCAAAGCAAUACAAUCCUGAUAGCCACGGUGAAGUACGAUGAAGGUUUGGUGAGCAUCGAUGAGUACACAGACGAGCUGAAGCACGUUCGGAACCUCGUUAAUGAGUACAAGAUUGAGAAGCCUACGAGAAAUUGGUAUUAUCUCCAGCAGUACCGAUCAAGAGAGAUCGCCUUCUGCACUUCUGAUAACCUCUAUAUUAUGAUCACAUGAAAUAAUGGAUGAGACCGCAAGAAAUACGUCGUAUGAUAAAAUUGUAUACAGCGUUAAAAUUGACUUUCUAGAUGACAUAAAUUUCUUCAUAAAGUUCUUCAACUUUCCUAGAAAAAAUCAAAAAUUAUCAGUAACCGGCACUUUCGCUGUGUCUUUAAUUUACGAUGCUGUCAAUUAAGCUCAUCAGAAGUGAAUAGAAUGUGGAUAUAAACUUUGACAUAAUGGUUAAAAGUAGUCCAAGACAUUAUUAAAAAACAAUCUGUUUUCAGAUGUCUCGGUAUUUUCUUAUCCAAUCCCGACCAAAUUGAAUUUAUAUGACUGAUUUGUGGAAAAUGUAAUAAAUGAAAUGAAUCAAUAAAAAUACAAUAAAUGAAUUCUUAAUUGAUAAAAUUGUAUUGCUACAUUCAUGCCAAUAUAUCAAUUUCAAAUGCAAACACAAUUUAAUGUAAAAGAUUGAAGAACCCUUUAAUGAUCAACGGUGACAUUUUAAAUAUUAUUCAUGUACAGUAUGGUUAAACAGGUUGCUUAGAAUAUAAAGAAACAUUUAUAAAGAUAUAAAAAUUAAUGGAUGAUUUACAACUUCUAAAUUUACAAUUUAGAAAACAUAUGGACCUAGUUCAUGAAACUUAUACAUAAGUUUAAUCAAGUAUUACUAAACAUUCUGUCGGAGUUUCAAGUCACAUGACUAAGGUCAAAGGUCAUUUAGGGUCAAUGAACUUUGGCCAAGUUGGGGGUAUCUGUUGAAUUACCAUCAUAACUUUAAAAGUUUUUGGAUCUGAUUCAUGAAACUUGAACAUAAUCAAGUACCAUUGAACAUUCUGUGCGAGUUUCAGGUCACAUGAACUUUGGCCAUGUUGGGGGUAUUUGUUUAAUAACCAUCAUAACUCUGUAAGUGUAUGGAUCUAGUUCAUAAACUGGGACAUAAGAGUAAUCAAGUAUCACUGAACAUCCCAUGCGAGUUUCAGGUCACGUGACCAAAGUCAAAGGUCAUUUUAGGUGGUUGAACUUUGGCCAUUUUGAUGGUAAUUAUUAGAUUGCUGUAAUAACUUUCAAAGUUUAUAGAUAUAGUUUAUAAAAUGUGGAUAUAGGGGUAAUCAAGUAUUACUGACAAGUCUUAGGUCGCAUGAUCAAGGUCAAAUGUCAUUUAUUGUCAAUGAACGUAGUAUUGUAUCAUUAUAUGAAUGGUGUUUUUGUGAAUAUUUUUUUCAUAGUAGUUUUCAAAGCCAGCACUGCUGCUAUAUUGAAUGGCAGGUGAGACUGCCAGAGGCGCUCCACUUGUUUGACUGGGGGUGCAAAUGAAAAUUUGGCAAGCGAAAAAAAAAUUUCUUUACAAAAUGAUUACAUUUCUCCAUUUUGUCACACCUUCCGGAAUUCCAGGGGCUGCUGCCUAUGGAGAAUAAUACACGCAGCACCCCCAAGGAAAAUAUUGGGAGUGCUUCAGCAUCCUCGGCAUCCCCGCUUUCCAGGACCAUGAGAGAUAAUCAUUUGACGCCAAUAUAAUGGAGCAGCAGCGACAUUUUUUCGAGCAAAAUAUUCACAACACAUGUUUCUCUAAACAUGUUCUAGGGGAGUUACUCAAUUGCCCCCUCUCAUUCUCUAAAGCAAGGUUUCCACUUUGGCGAGUUGGAGUUGCGAGUCAUACGCGAGCUGCGCGAGCUCUAACUCGCCUUAGCUCGCACAAGCUCGCGUGAAAUUUACAUUUUUCCCUGGAAUCUGCUUGAGUGACAAACGACUCAACAUCGAGUUCACUACGCUCGUUGUACGAGUGAACCGAGCGCGAAACGAGUCAGGCCGAGCUUAGUAUGAGUUGCGGUGACCUUUAUACGACUUAAAGCGAGCUAUGAACGAGUUAUAAAGAUUUUGUUACGAGUGAUAAGAGUUUCAUACGACCUAGGGGUGGGAAAUGCACAUUUUUGGCACUCAAAGAUGGAUGCCGGCGGAGGGGGCGUCAACACCAAAUCUUAACCGAAGGUUAAGUUUUUGAAAUGGCAUCAUAACUGAGAAAGUAUUUGGACCUAGUUCAUGAAACUUGACCAUAAGGUUUAUCAAGCAUUACAAAAUAUUCUUUUCGAGUUUCAGGUCACAUGAUCAAGGUCAAAUGUCAUUUAUUGUCAAUGAACGUAGUAUUGUAUCAUUAUAUGAAUGGUGUUUUUGUGAAUAUUUUUUUUCAUAGUAGUUUUCAAAGCCAGCACUGCUGCUAUAUUGAAUCGCGCGAUGCAGGUGAGACUGCCAGAGGCGCUCCACUUGUUUGACUGGGGGUGCAAAUGAAAAUUUGGCAAGCGAAAAAAAAGUUUUACAAAAUGUAGGUGUCCACAUUUCUCCAUUUUUUCACACCUUCCGGAAUUCCAGGGGCUGCUGCCUAUGGAGAAUAAUACACGCAGCACCCCAAGGAAAAUAAUAGGGGUGCUUCAGCAUCCUCGGCACCCCCGCUUUCCAGGACCAUGAGAGAGCAGCGGCGACAUUUUUUUCGAGCAAAAUAUUCACAACACAUGUUUCUCUAAACAUGUUCUAGGGGAGUUACUCAAUUGCCCCCUCUCAUUCUCUUAGUCCUUAUAUUUUGUAUUUUGUUAUCUAGUUUGUGUUACGCAGGCGUAUCUUGCUCCUCGUCGUUUUCAAGGGGUUUUAUGCUUAUAUCAUUCAGACAGUUUGUAUAUAUUUGUAUUUUGUACAUUUCAGUUGAUAAUUUCUAUCGAUUUGUACUUGUCGGAGAAAAGAUGUACAAAGAAAAAGAAGAAAUUGUAUCAUGUAUUCAAUUUACUUGUAGCAGUUAUACUCACAUAAAAAAAACAAAUAUUUGAUCUUGCAGUUGCCUGCAAAGAGUUACACAUGUGGACUAUGCAUUCUCCAUACUUAAAAUUUAAUAUUUCUGAUUUUGAUAAAAUUUUAUUGUUUUACAUAAUUUACAUAUUGUGAACAUUAUGUAAUCCAAUAUAAUUUUAUCAAAAUCAGAAAUGAAAUAACAAAGUUAUGGAUUUUCAAAAUUUUCAUUAUGCAUUUUAUCCCUAUAUCUGUGAAACAGUUCAUGAAUAUGGAUUGAGUGAGCUGACAAUCACCUUAUACUUUUUUGUAUUUUAUUAUGAAAAAUUAUAAUAUUCAUUCUAGUUUCUGUCUGUAGAAUAUUUAAAAUAUGACUGAUUACUGAUCGAAUGUGAUGUGCAAGAAACACAUUGUUUGUAUAAUGUUAAUUUUCUUGUUUGUAGUCGGUUUGUACAGGUAGAAGAAGAGGUGUACAAUGAAAAAAGGAAAAAAAAAAGGAUAUAGAUCGUGUGUUCAAUUGACUUGUAACAUAAUAUUCUCAUAUUAACGCAAAUAUUUAAUCUUGUGGUUGCCUGAAAAGAGUUAUCAGACAUGCGUUUAAAGGACUAUGAGUUCUCCAUGCAGACUGAAAAAAAUAUACGAUCUGAAGUAAAAGAGUACAUCUAUUUAUGUAAAAUAGGAUUUCCUCAAAAACCCAAAAUGAAAUGACAAAAUUAUGGAUUUUCAAGUGUUGCAUUAUGCAUUCUACCUGUGUAACAGUUAUAAAUGUCAUCAUGAAUAUGAAUAUGAAGUGAGCUGACAAUGCCACCAUAUCUUUUUUAGUAUGAAAAUUUACAAGAUUAAUUUUUUGUUUGUUUCUGCUUGUAGAAAUAACAAAAAUGAAUGAUUAAUGAUCAAAUGUGAUGUAUAAGAACCACAUUGGUGGUCGAGGUAACUUGUUUAAGAAGAUAAAGACAUAGUCUUACUCUUAUUAUAAGUUAUGAAAUAAUUAACAUUUCAUAUUUAAAAAAAAAGGUGAGAGCAUCAGCUUACUUGCUCCAUCAGGACAUGCAUAAACGAUAUAGAUAAAAUUUCAAAUUCUUUCAACUUCCUUAGUUUUCAUCAGAUUUCAUCAGGUUGAACAAAAUGUUCAGUGAUUUGCUAGCUCAAUUUGAGUCCAUUCAAUUCAUGUUAUCAUCAGCCUGAGCCUGAGCAUAUUGUGAACAUUAUGUAAAACAUAAUUUUAUCCAAAUCAGAAAUGAAAUGACAAAGUUAUGGGUUUUCAAAAUUUUCAUUAUGCAUUUUAUCCCUAUAUCUGUGAAACAGUUCAUGAAUAUGGAUUGAGUGAUCUGACAAUCACCUUAUACUUUUUUGUAUUUUAUUAUGAAAAAUUAUAAUAUUCAUUCUAGUUUCUGUCUGUAGAAUAUUUAAAAUAUGAUUGAUUACUGACCGAAUGUGAUGUCGAGAAACACAUCGUUUGUAUAAUGUUUAUUUUCUUGUUUGUAGUCGGUUUGUACAGGUAGAAGAAGAG